AUGAAUGUUAUUGUAAGCAAAACAGCAAUUGAUGAUUUGAGGAACGAUAUGGAUAAUGGAACGUUAACGCUGGUGGUUGUGAACCAUGAUUUGUAUAUAUACGGUUACUUGAUUAUUGGCCCAAUGCUGGUGUUGGUUAACACUCCGAUCUUUCUGCUUGUGAUGAUACGUAAAGCAUUCAGAGAACGCUAUCUGGUUCUUGCAAUUAUCUUUCUGAACGGUGGAUUAACCGGAAUAAGUGCAAUACUAAUGGGAAUGAAACGAUGGAUUAUUUCUGCUGCUGAAGAACUAUACAUUGCUCAUUACGACUGCGUGCUCAAUGUGCCAAUCUUUCUUCUAUCAAUGUUUUUUCUGGAUGGAUGGGGUUUGCUAAUGAACAGCGCGGAAAGGCUCACUGUUGUAGCAUUCCCGUUGUUUUAUUAUACUCACAGUAAACGAAUAGCUUACUCAUUAAUUGUCACACAAUACGCAAUUACUAUAAUUGCGAUAACUUUUACCGCUAUGGAGAGUUUAAUUGAACCGAUUCGAUAUGUAUCUCAUUUCUGUUUACUGAAGGACGUUUAUAACCCUUAUUUUUAUCUCACUUUAACGUUAUUGAGCUCCAUUGCUUCAUUAUUUAGUAUUAUUCUGAUGGUUAUUGUUGUCGCCAUGUUGAAAAG